GGCCAAGGGCAGCCCGCUCCCCGAUACGUCUGGAAUCCCGAACAAGCCCCCGAGGACAAGGUACUUAUCGAAUGGGCCUCGUGCCAGAUGCUCGGCGAUGGAGCCUCCGACUUUCAAACAGCUCUGGACGCCCUAGUUAGAAACUACGCCCGAAGCGGGCAGUCCUUCCUACCGCAUUACGAUCUUGUUCGCAAGGUUCAUGAAAUGAGGUGUCUGUACAGAAUUUGGAGCCAUCAGAAGUUCUUCUACCAAGGCUCUGGACCUUGCUUAGAUGAACUUCCCGGCCAGAUUCGCCAAAGUCUAAAGCGGAUCGCGAUAUCCAGGAUGAAGACGCGCGAGGUCGACGUCCUAGCGCAGUUCCGGAAGGCCCUUGACUCUGGGCUCAAACCCGAGGAGCGGCUACCGAUCUGGGCAUGCAUGAUGCAAUUCAUCCUCAUGUACCGAAGUCUGUUCGACUUAAACCAGUCAGAAGACCUCCGUGGCGAUCCUCUACAAAUACGGACCGUCACGACGAACCUCUUUAGCAAUUUAGUGGUGAUGUGCGAAAUUAGCUUUGGCAAGAAGAAGCCGGAAGCCAUUGCCGAUGACGGAAACCCCGCGACCGGCCCGAUCAAGAGGGAAUUGAAUGCCGACUUUAGGAGGGUGGAAAGUCGACGAGAUGAAUUCUACCAGAGUUGCAGUAACGAUCCUCGUUCCUGUCGGCUUGACCAUCUCUUGGGUGUCCUACUAGCCGGAACCCAAAGAGGUGCCACGCGGUCCGGAGCUCGAGCACCGAAGCGGGCCAGACGAUAGGCCCGGUCCCGUCGCCGGUCUCCGAUGUUUUCUUUGUUUUUUUCUCUCUCUCUCUCCAUCUCUCUCUUCGCUCCCUCUUUCUUAUGUCUUUUCAUCCGGGCUUGAGAACCGGGUAUGAAUACGGAUUUCACGAUGGGUUCUCCUUGGCCUAGUGGACGUCAGUGAU